GUUAAUCGCGUAACGUUGUCACGGCACCACCAAGGUGUGCAGCAAUCCCGGGAAGAUGCCAACACAGAUUGCCAGUUACUCCACCCACAACAGGAGUUGUACCUUGUGAAGUAUAUUGAAGAGCUUACAGAUCGUCACCUACCUCCUAUGCGUCAAAUGGUAGCAAAGUUUGCCUUUGCGCUUGCUCACAACGAGGUUUCCAAGAGCUGGAUUACUGACUUCCUUCACCGGCACUCUGAUCGAAUAUCAUCACAAUGGACCACAAGUAUGGAUGCGCAGCGGCACGCUGCCGAUUCUCUCGAAAAGUACACCAAGUACUUUGAUAUUCUGCAGCAGAAGAUCACCCAAUACAACAUCGAGCCACGGCACACAUACAAUAUGGAUGAGAAAGGCUUUGCAAUUGGCCUGACAGGCAAGAGCAAGCGGAUCUUCUCUAAGCAAACAUGGCAACAAGGGAGGAGUAGAGAAUCACUCCAAGAUGGCAAUCGUGAGUGGGUAACAUUACUUGCAAGCGUGUGUGCAGAUGGGUCAACUCUGCCACCAGGCCUCAUAUACCAGAGUAAAGCUCAAGCCCUACAAUCAAACUGGGUGGCGGAUAUUGAGCCAGGAAAACACUCAGUA